AUGGCGACAUCCUCUUCAGAUUCAGAUUCAGAUUCGGAGUCGGGAAAUUUGGAUGCGGGAGCCCAGGCCCAAACGCAGGAUAAUCUGCGCAUAUUCCUAAAGCAUUUGUAUGCCGAGUGCGUGUUUCGAUACCAGAAUGUCACAUACGAUACGGACGACCCAUCAUUCUCACUUGGCCCAGCAACAGACUACGAUUCGGAUUUGCCGGAGAACUUCAGUCCGGUGCCGCGAUAUCUGGAGAACGCCGCGAUGAACGAGGGCGUUAUUGACAUGCGGAACGUGGACGAGGAGCUGGCGGAGAAGGAGGAGCUGAUGGCCACCGUCGUCAGUGCCACGAUGGCCACAAAUCACAAUGAGAACCGACUCUUUUGCCCCCUGAACUUUGACGGAUAUCUCUGCUGGCCAAGGACUCCGGCCGGCACCGUACUAAGUCAAUAUUGUCCCGAUUUCGUCGAAGGAUUCAACAGAAAAUUCCUGGCCCACAAGACAUGCCUGGAGAACGGCUCGUGGUACCGCCAUCCGGUGAGCAAUCAGACCUGGUCCAAUUACACCAACUGCGUGGACUACGAGGACCUGGAGUUUCGCCAGUUCGUCAACGAGCUGUACGUGAAGGGGUACGCCCUCUCCCUGCUGGCCCUGCUCAUAUCGAUUAUUAUUUUCUUGGGCUUCAAAUCCUUGCGCUGCACCCGCAUCCGCAUCCAUGUGCACCUGUUCGCCUCGCUGGCCUGCACCUGUGUGGCCUGGAUAUUGUGGUACCGCCUGGUGGUGGAGCGAUCCGAGACCAUAGCCGAGAAUCCGCUCUGGUGCAUUGGCCUGCAUCUGGUGGUGCACUACUUCAUGCUGGUCAACUAUUUCUGGAUGUUCUGCGAGGGCCUGCACCUGCACCUGGUGCUCGUUGUGGUCUUUGUCAAGGACACGAUUGUGAUGCGCUGGUUUAUCGUCAUCAGCUGGUUCUUGCCGAUUCCCAUAGCCAUCGUCUAUGGCCUGGCCAGGCACUUUAGCAGUCCGGACAAUAAACACUGCUGGAUAACGGACAGUCUCUACUUGUGGAUCUUCUCGGUGCCCAUAACUCUGUCGCUGCUGGCCAGUUUUAUUUUUCUGAUCAACGUGCUGCGUGUGAUCGUGAGGAAGCUGCAUCCGCAGUCCGCGCAGCCGGCACCGCUGGCCAUCCGCAAGGCGGUACGGGCCACCAUUAUCCUGGUGCCGCUCUUCGGACUCCAGCACUUCCUGCUGCCCUACCGUCCGGAUGCCGGCACCCAGCUGGAUCACUUCUACCAGAUGCUAUCCGUGGUGCUGGUCAGCCUGCAGGGCUUCGUGGUCUCCUUUCUGUUCUGCUUUGCCAACCACGAUGUCACCUUCGCCAUUCGCACGCUGCUGAACAAGUGGCUGCCCAGCUUGGUGACUCCGCCGCCGGCCGGGAGUAAUACUGGACAGAUGGCCACGACCACGCCCAGCCGAGAGUUGGGCGUUUAAGGCGUACCACACGAGGGUCGAUCGAAACAUUGACCGCAUCGUCGAGCAAAGAUUUUGAUGUGCUAUCUCUGCUAUACUCGUAUCUGUGCUCCGUACUCCCUGAUGACAACUGAU